AUGUUCUGGGCCAUGAAAAAAGAAAAUAUUCCUAAAGAAAUGGAAUGCCUCCAGGAACAACAACAAAAAUAUUCAAAGUGUUGGCAAGAAUAGUCACAGGUGGCAUCCUAAGAAAUUUCCCUCUCCUCUUUACUUUUGAUGCAUCCUCAAAAGGGUGAGGAGUAAUUUAAAGUUACAUGGACUUAAGCCUCAAGUUAUCAACACUCCAAAGGAAAUAAGACAACCACAACAGUCCCUUGAAGCAGAAAUCAAAGCCAAAAAACAAAAAAGUAUACUGACUAACAUCCAACCUAUACCUUUUUUAACAUAUAAACUUGCUUCACACAAAAGCAACACCAAAAAAUGAAAGAUCAUUAUUAAUGAUAUUACGUAAUAUUAUUCAAUGUUUUUUCUUUUACUUGAAAUUCUUUUUGGCUUGAUUACAGGAUUAUCCGCUUGUAUAUAGAUUUAUACACUAAGAACCCACAUGUUCUUGACCCAUUAAGGCAGUUCAUCAAGUUGCCAAGUAACAAGACAAUCAGGAAAGUGGCAAUGUCUAUGUCUACGUUUAGUUAAAAAUAUAUAUAUAUACAUCUGACAUCCAAAUCUAACACAUUUUUCCCUGUUUUCAUUUCAAAGAUGUGCAAAAACAGAGUACAACAAUAAGAUGGGUGGAAUGCUGAGAUAUUUGAAUGGUGCUUGAUGGAGGCAAAAGCAAGAAACCUCAAAGAGGAAGACUACUGAGGAGGAUUUGUAAUUUACGAGAUGAAAAUUCAGGUACAUUAUGAGGCUGGUAGAUUUUUGAAAAUGCUCUAUUAUAAGGAAGGCAAAUCUCAAAUAACAGUUGUGAUGGUUUUUAUUAUACCUUGGGAAAAAUACACUUUGAGUUGCAAGAUUCAUAAACCCAUUUUGUUGCUGUGCAUUGGAGCUAGUUAUAAGUCCUUACAUACAUUUCUAUAAAAUUUUCAGGAAAAAUCUUGAGAUGGUAAUGAGAAAUGGAAAACACAAAUUUGCUGCAUUUGUGGAGUUGGGAGAAGCCCAUGAUCACAUGGAGAAACUAAUGGGUGAGGUUUGUAUACUGUUAUGACCACAAAACCUUUUCACCAUUAUCCAAGUAAACAAAAUAUCUUUUUAUCCUAACUUUGUAACUGCAGAGUGUAAAAUGUACCUGUUAACCUUACAGGUAAUGCUAAGCCUUCACUUGCCACACGCGUGCUGCAGUUCAUUUUCCCGAGUGAUUGCGGAUUUCGAUUUCCAAUAGCCCAAUUUCCUUCAGGGCACUUCUCCCCGACAGACAUCUAUUUAAGUUUUGGAAGGGAGUACAGAAGAUGA